CACAGAACUGAAAAAAAUUGUAACCGCCAAGCGGAAGCGUCUUGGACUCUCUGGAAGGUGCUUUUCGUGCGAACCAAGAAGCCAAAUCGAUUCGAGAGAGGAGGCCGUUGCGCUCGAAGAUCAACCAAUCCAACGCAGCUCGAAGCUCAAGAAUGGUGAUUGGAAAUCGAAGGCCGCGAUCGAACGGAAUGCUGCCGCUGCUGGCACUUCACGCCGUCAGCGAGUAUUACAGGCUCGACCGGAAACCGCGCGUCACCGCCGGACUCAUCGCCGCCAACGCUCUCGUCUACUUGCGUCCAGCUUUUCUCGACCAUAUUCUUCCAUCUAUUCAAGAAGUCGGGUUCAAUCCUCAUGUCAUCCUCAAGUAUGGGGACUUGAAGCGGUUCUUCUUGUCGCCGUUCUACCACGCUGGAGAGUCUCACUUGGUUUACAACAUGCUCUCCCUGUUAUGGAAGGGGAUUCAGUUAGAAUCUUCAAUGGAUAGUGCUGAAUUUGCAUCCAUGGUUGCUGUCCUGCUGGGUAUGUCCCAAGGAAUGUCUCUGCUGAUUUCCAAGUCCCUACUCAUGUUCUUCGACUACGACCAUUCUUACUACUAUGAAUACUCUAUUGGGUUUUCUGGGGUUCUCUUUGCCAUGAAGGUUGUGCUCAAUUCACAGACUGAGAACAGUUAUGUGUAUGGAAUUCCAAUACCGUCUCAUUAUGCUGCCUGGGCAGAAUUAGCUCUUGCCCAAAUGCUGGUACCUGGUGUCUCUUUCAUUGGCCAUUUGGGUGGAAUACUUGCCGGUCUUGUCUAUAUCCGGCUGAGGGGUUCAUAUAAUGGUUCUGACCCGCUUACUGCUAUCUUCAGAGGUGUUUUUGGUGUGCUGAAAUGGCCUGUGAGGUUUUUACAGCGCAUGUUUCCGCGGAGGCAAAUAUCCGGGAGAGGACGUGUUGGUGGGGGUCAGAGAGGAAUGUCUGUAACUGGUUUCUGGAGGUGCCAUGCUUGUACGUAUGAGAAUUCUGCUUGGCUAGAUGUAUGUGAAAUGUGUUCGACAAAUAGGAGAGGGGAUGGCUAUGGCAAUGGCAGUGGCAGUGGCAUUUCACCUCGAUCACCACAUUAUUCCGGUGACCUUACUUUGGAAGAGUUACGACGGCGGAGGUUGGAAAGAUUUGGUAGAUGGUAGGGUCCUAACUCAUGAGGCUUGUUACAGAUGCCAGGUGGUGUUGGCAAUGCAGGACAUGUAAAUUUAAAUACCCCUUCUUCCCCUCUUCCCCUCUUCCCAUUUCAUUUGAAUGUUUCUAUCUGUCAUCAUUGCUCGCACCUGAUCUUAUGCUGUUCUGUCGAUCCAUUUGAUUAAAACUUUGAAUGUGUUGUCUUGAGCAAUCUGAUAUUUGAGAAUUCUAUGGUCGUAGGAUGGCAUGCUUUUA